GAAAAUAUAAAAGAAAAACAAAAAAGGAAAAUCCUUGUUUCCCCCCAUCAAAUUAGAUUAGGAAAGUCGUCAGUUAUCACCAGAAAUUUCCCAAAUCUCCCAAAUUUCUGGAACCCUAAACCUGACCAACAAGCCAACAACUCUUCUUCUUCCUCAAAUCCCCCCAAAAUACCUCUAACAAAUUCACCUUAACCCGUAACCCGACCCGGAAAAAACUGGAACCCUAAGUUUCUUCAGUUUCUCUUCCAUGGCUACCGAUGCUUCCCCAAAAUUCCAACAACGGGAACUUUUACAGGUGCCACAACCACCGGAUUACCAUCCGGCGGUCGCCGUUACGCCAGCACACGACGGCCUUCAUUUUUGGCAAUUUAUGGUGGCCGGGUCAAUUGCGGGGACGGUGGAGCAUAUGGCUAUGUUCCCAGUAGAUACAAUAAAGACCCAAAUGCAAGCCCUAGGUACUUGUCCAUUAAGAUCCGCUAGUAUACGUACGGCACUUGGUGGAAUUUUGAAAUCUGAAGGGCUACCUGGACUUUAUAGAGGGAUUGGAGCUAUGGGACUUGGUGCUGGACCGGCACACGCUGUUUAUUUUUCGGUUUACGAGAGUUGUAAGAAGAGAUUUUCGGGUGGGAAUCCGAAUAAUUCAGCUGCACAUGCGAUUUCGGGUGUAUUUGCAACGGUUGCAAGUGAUGCAGUGUUUACGCCGAUGGAUACGGUGAAGCAGAGGUUGCAGUUGAGUGAGAGUCCGUAUAAAGGUGUAUUUGAUUGUGUUAAAAGGGUAUUGAAGGAAGAGGGGUUUAAGGCUUUUUACGCUUCGUAUAAAACUACAGUUUUGAUGAAUGCUCCGUAUACAGCGGUGCAUUUCGCUACGUAUGAAGCUGCGAAAUUGGGACUGAUGGGGUUUUCGCCCGAAAGUGCAAGUGAUGAAAGAUUAAUAGUUCAUGCCACUGCUGGGGCUGCAGCUGGGGCGUCAGCGGCAAUAGUUACAACGCCACUUGAUGUUAUCAAGACGCAAUUACAAUGCCAGGGUAUCUGCGGCUGUGAUAGAUUUAAAUCUGGGUCAAUUGGGGAUGUUUUCUGGAUAAUUGUGAAGAAGGAUGGUUACAGAGGUCUUAUGAGGGGGUGGAUGCCAAGAAUGCUUUUCCAUGCUCCUGCUGCUGCAAUUUGCUGGUCUACGUAUGAAGCUGCCAAGGCCUUCUUCCAAGAGCACAACCCAGUUAGCAACAGUGUGACCUGAACGAGGGAAUAUUUAUAUAACUUAUCUCCACGACCCCAAGAAAAAGAGAGAGAGAGAGGAUUCUCUCUAUUGUUGUAUGCAUACCAUAAUUUAUGGUUGAGACACUAAUUCUACCUGCUGUGGGAGAUUGAAGACGGAGAAACAAGAAAGGUCAUGUAGUCUUAAUUUGGAUCUACAAUCACGCAGUUAUAUUUCAUUUUUACAUCUGUCUGUAUAAUUUAUGCUAAGUUUGAAUAAGUUGGUGAGAUUGAGUCCAUGUUUUUUUUUUUUAUGAUUUUUUUUUCCUUCCUAUUAUGAAGAAAUAGGGUGAUUUGGAUUAGAAAAUUUUGAGUAUUAAUUCAUCACAUGAGAAUUGGUUAUUGUUAUCA